AGCGGCGACCAAUGGGCGUGGUGGGGGCGGGGCCGGGCGCCCGAGCCUGGUUCCCGAGGCGCGGCAGCCGCGGCUGGGGGCGGGGAGGGGGGCGCAGGACCCCAGGCGGGGGUCCCGGAGCCGGAGGGCCAAUUCCCGUCCCCCCAGCAGCAUGGCAUCCUGUGCUGAGCCCUCUGCCGCGGGUCCUGAGCCCGCUGCCCCACCGCCUGCUGGGGUCCCACCACUUGAGGACUUCGAGGUGCUGGAUGGGGUGGAAGACGCAGAGGGCGAGGAGGAGGAGGAGGAGGAGGAGGAGGAAGAUCUGAGUGAGCUGCCACCACUUGAAGACGUGGGGCAGCCUCCGCUGGAGGAGGCUGAGCAGCCUGGGGCCCUGGCCCGAGAAUUCCUGGCCGCCAUGGAGCCUGAGCCCGAGCCCGCCCCAGCCCCUGAUGAGUGGCUGGACAUCCUGGGCAAUGGGCUGUUAAGGAAGAAGACGCUGGUCCCAGGCCCACCCGGCUCAAGCCGCCCAGCUAAAGGCCAGGUAGUCACUGUGCAGCUGCAGACUUCGCUGGAGAAUGGCACUCGGGUGCAGGAAGAGCCAGAGCUGGUGUUCACGCUGGGCGACUGCGAUGUCAUCCAGGCCCUGGAUCUCAGCGUUCCGCUCAUGGAUGUGGGGGAGACAGCUAUGGUCACUGCUGAUUCCAAGUACUGCUAUGGCCCCCAGGGCAGCAGGAGCCCAUACAUCCCCCCCCACGCGGCCCUGUGCCUGGAAGUGACCCUGAAGACUGCCGUGGAUGGACCCGACCUGGAAAUGCUCACGGGGCAGGAGCGUGUGGCUCUGGCCAACCGGAAGCGGGAGUGUGGCAAUGCCCACUACCAGCGGGCCGACUUCGUGUUGGCUGCCAAUUCCUACGACCUCGCCAUCAAGGCCAUCACCUCUAGCGCCAAAGUGGACAUGACAUUCGAGGAGGAGGAGCAGCUCCUGCAGCUGAAGGUGAAAUGUCUGAACAACCUGGCAGCCUCCCAGCUGAAGCUAGACCACUAUCGUGCAGCGCUGCGCUCCUGCAGCCUCGUGCUUGAGCACCAGCCCGACAAUAUCAAGGCGCUCUUCCGCAAGGGCAAGGUGCUGGCCCAGCAAGGGGAGUACAGUGAGGCCAUCCCCAUUCUGAGGGCAGCCCUGAAGCUGGAACCUUCCAACAAGACGAUCCACGCAGAGCUCUCGAAACUGGUGAAGAAGCACGCAGCCCAGCGGAGCACAGAGACCGCCCUGUACCGGAAAAUGCUGGGCAACCCCAGCCGGCUGCCUGCCAAGUGUCCUGGCAAGGGUGCCUGGUCCAUCCCAUGGAAGUGGCUGUUUGGGGCGACUGCUGUUGCCCUGGGGGGCGUGGCUCUCUCUGUGGUCAUCGCUGCCAGGAACUGACCACCCAGGUGGCCACCACCCCUUCGCACACCGUGGACCCCACCCCGCGCUCCCUGACUUCCCCAGGCUCCCUGUCAACUGCCCUGUCUGAUCUAGCCCCCUCCUCUGGGGCGGGAGCAGUGAGGUUUGGGGGCCACGUGGCCCUAGUGAGCCAGGAGGGACUAUGGCCCUACAGGAGGAAAUUGAGGCAGGGCCCGGGCUCCAUAUCCAGCCCGGGGGGAGGGGGCCCUCAUUCCUCCAGACCCAAUUUCCACUCCCACCCCCACCCCCUUGGGUUUGGUCUCAGCAGAGGCCGGCUUCAGUUUCUCCUUCCCAACAGGCCUGGGGGCAGCCCUUUCCUGACCCAGUCCCUCUCCAAGCACCACCACCCACCCACCCCGCCUGCUGCCCUCUGUCCAGGUUCUCCCUCCUACCCCUUCUGUGAAAUAAAGCCUCCUACCCCGCA